AUGGCAGGAUCAAAAUCCCUGGAAAGUGACGUGAGAAUCGAACACUCUCUCAAUAAGAAAGAGGAGGAGUUUGUAGCCAGAAGAAGAAAUGAUGUUCUACAAAGCCUGAAUGAACUUGGGAUACACUGCAGUGAGGGUGAGGUGCCAAACAUUGCAUUACUGGGAUCUGGAGGAGGAGCAAGAGCCAUGGUGGGUUUGCUGGGAUCCCUGGAUCAACUCCAGAAAACAGGUCUUCUGGACUGUGUGCUUUAUCUGAGCGGAGUCUCUGGAUCCACCUGGUGCAUGGCCUCCUUAUAUCAGGAGCCAGACUGGUCCACCAAACUAGAGACUGUGAAAGACAAGAUCGUCCAGAGACUCAGCGGUCCUGCAGUCAGCUGGAGAGAUGCUUUUGCCAAACUGAAGAAAUAUUACUAUGAGAAUGACCUAUUCAGCUUGACUGACGUCUGGGCAGUGAUCAUCGUUACAACAUGUGUGAAAGAGAUAAACGAACACACACUCUCAGAUCAGCGGGACCGACACAAAGACCCGUUUCCCAUUUACACAGCGAUCGACAAGCAAUGCAAAAAGAAAGAAGACGAAGACCCCUGGUUUGAGUUCACUCCAUAUGAAGCCGGUUAUUCCCUCACUGGAGCGUUUGUGGAAACAUCCGACUUUGGCAGCAAGUUUGAAAAUGGCCGUAAGAUCAAGAACCAGCCUGAGAUUAAGGACCCGCCUGAGAUUGACAUGCUGUACCUGCAAGCUCUGUGCGGCAGCGCUUUAGCCGAUGGAGACGAGAUCCGUAAAUUCCUCUGGGAAAAAAUAGGAGGUGCAACUUCAUUCUUUCUGAAGAUUCAGUUCUUUCUAAAUCUGAGAGUCAUUUCAUUAUCAUGUGAACCUUAA